AGUGGAACCUCAACCCAGCACGUUAUCGUGAUAGAGUCUGAAGAUGCAAGUCCUGGGGUCAAGCUGGAGAGGUCUGAAGGAGAGGAGGACCCACGGCACAGCAGAGACAUCCAGACUGGAGUGGCUGGAGUAGCACCCCCUGGAGCCACGGAGGAUCCCACCACCGCCCCAGCACUGCCCAGGGCCCAAUGCAGCAUCACGGAGGUCAGUGGAACGCUGAACCCCGUCCUCAAGUCAGAGACAGACACUGAGACUUUAACGGGGCUGGAGCGACUGGGCUGUCCUCCUGCUCCCCUCUCAGAGUAUUUACUUCACGGUAACCUGAGUCCGAGGACGGUUUUGUCCCAUCAGAACUCAGGUGACGCGUUACAGACUGACAAUGAUCCGUCCUGUUCAUACGCUACAGAGACAGAGAUGGUAGCUGGUGACAUGCCUGUGGGCUUAGAUACACAGACUAAUCCAAUGAAAGCGGACUGGAACCAGUACAGUAGUAGUGUAUACUCUGAAGGGUGCCUAGAUAAGAAAGGGGAGGUUAUAGUCGUAAAUGACGUGACUGUGAAAGUGGAGGAUGACGCUCCUCUGACAUGGAAAGCAGAUGAGACUCACUUAGGAGAAGGACAUUCACAGGGCAACACCAGUGACUUCUUAGACUACAGGGAAGGCUUAGAGACAAAUCUAAAUGUGACGACCCACUCACCUUUACACACACUCAGGGAUCGCGACCCAGUGUCCACGUCGAUGGCACCAUCCAAUUCACAUGGCCACAUCCUUUUCGAUCAGGUAUUGAACUUAGUGGUCCAAAGGGCCAAGGCUCAGGGAGGGCGAGCAACAACAGUCGGUAAAGAAAAGAGGUUCCUCUGCAUGUUCUGUAACAAAGGCUUCAGCUGCCCCCAGAAGGUGGAGAUCCACCAGAGGGUCCACACAGGGGAGAAACCCUUCAACUGUACCCAGUGUCACAUGCGCUUCGCCCAGGCCUGCAACCUGAAGAGGCACGAGAGGGUCCACACAGGGGAAAAACCCUACAGCUGCCCCCAUUGUGAGAAGAGGUUCUCCCACCAGCACCAUCUGAAGAUGCACCUGAAGGUCCAUACGGGAGAAAGGACAUUCGCCUGUACGCACUGUGGAAAGAGGUUCUCAGAGAGGAGCUACCUCAGGAUUCACCAGCAGAAAAACCAUUCCACUCUAUAACAUAGAAAGUAACCAUUCCACUUGAAAGCUUCUGACAUUUAGAUCAACCGCUGAAUUAAAGACAAAUAUGAAUUUUCAGUGUUGUCAGCAGAAAAGAUCCACAGAUGCCUUUGGAAUAACGAGAG